AUGUCUCCGAUCUCCAAAGUUUCUGAUGUUUCUUAUGCUUUGGCACAAUGGUGGUGGCAGUGGGGGAGCGAGAUCUACCAGUCCACCCACAUGCUAACGAUCUUUCUGGUGAUGGUCACCGUCGUAGUAACAGUCUCACGCUGGUCAAGGAGAGAGAGAACGCCACUGCCUCCAGGGCCACGAGGCCUGCCGAUAGUCGGAAACCUCCCCUUCAUCGGCACCGAACUCCACCGUAGUUUCGCUAAGUUUGCUGAGACAUAUGGACCCAUCAUGAAACUUCGACUAGGUGGCAAGCUGUGCAUCGUGGUGACGUCACCAUCACUGGCAAAGGAGAUCCUUAAAGAUCACGACACAAUAUUCGCCAACCAUGACGUGCUGGCGGUGGGGGCAAUUGCCGCUUACGGUGGUGUUAACAUGGUUUGGUCACCAUACGGUGACCAUUGGCGUAUGCUUCGUAAGAUCUGUGUCUCGGAGAUGCUUAAUCAUAGGAGACUUGAAGCCCUAUAUUGGCUUCGGCGGAGAGAGGUCCGCUAUAUGGUGAACCAACUCUAUUCCAAGGCUGGUUCCCUGAUCGAUGUUGGGGAGCAGAUGUUUCUCACUAGCUUCAAUGUUGUAACUAGCAUGUUGUGGGGUGGUGAUACACUUGAAGGGGAGGAGAGGCGGCGCGCCACCGCUGAAGUCCGGCGAGUAACGGAUAGAGUGUUGUUGCUUCUUGGGGAGCCUAAUAUUUCGGAUCUUUUCCCGGCGCUGGCUUGGCUUGAUAUCCAAGGUAUUGGGCGGCAGAUGAAGAAGACGAUUUCGUGGUUCGAUCGGAUGUUGGAUUCCGUUAUCGAACAACGACUAAAAAGAGAAAGAGGGAGCCUGCGGCGAGACGGUGGUAAUGAGGAUGGUAAUAAACAAGCCAAAGAUCUCUUGCAGGUCUUAGUACAGCAGCUAAACCUCAAGGCAAAGGAAGGAGUGCCCAACAAUACCACCCCUAGCCUUACCAUCUCCCACAUCAAGGCUUUAUUCUUGGACAUAAUGGUGGGUGGUACUGAAACAACAUCAACCACAGUGGAGUGGGCACUGGCUGAGCUAUUGAAACAACCACAUACAAUGAGGAAAGCUCAAGAAGAGCUAGAAGAGGUAGUGGGGUUGAACAAUAUGGUGGAAGAGUCUCAUUUACCUAAGUUACAUUACUUGUAUGGAGUGGUGAAGGAAGUCCUACGUCUGCACCCACCUGGUCCUUUCUUGAUUCCUCGAUGCCCAAGUGAAUCCUGCACCAUAGGUGGCUUUAUGAUUCCAAAGGGUUCCAAAGUUAUAGUGAAUGCAUGGGCUAUACAGAGGGAUCCUAUGUCUUGGGACAACCCCUUGGAGUUCCAGCCGGAGAGGUUCUUGAGUUCAGAUGGUGAUGAAUUUGAUUUUAGUGGCAAUGAUUUUCGAUAUAUUCCAUUUGGAUCAGGGAGAAGGGUUUGUGUAGGAAUCCCUAUGGCAGAAAGAAUGGUACCAUACCUAUUGGCAUCAAUUUUGCAUUCAUUCCAAUGGAAAUUGCCAAAUGGAGUAGUGGAUGAACUUGAUAUGUCAGAUAAGUUUGGUUUGGAAUUAAAGAAGGCAACACCCCUUAUUGCCAUCCCAUCACCUAGGUUAUCUGACCUCUCACUCUACAAUUAAAACCCUAGU